AUGACGAACAUUACAUCGAUAUCACAUCAAUCGUUUUCUGCCUUGUCUCCCUAUCUUACCACAUGCCUCUCUGGCACCAGAGAUCCGGCAGUACCCGACGACAAUAUACGCCACCAUGAGAAUCUUGGUUAUGAUCCGAAGUAUCUGAAAAUACCACCAUUAUACUCUUUGCCAGAAGGAAUGCCGAACCUUAUCUGCCAAGAGCUACGAUAUAUCUUCUUUGAAGUAACAGCCCUUCAUUUACGCCACGAGGACGAAUACAAAAUCUGGUGGCGUCGAGACGGGAGCAUGACAUGUAUCGAUAGGCGACACCUACCGGCCGGAUUCAUUGAGCCAAGGCGAGUCUAUCAGUUUUUGAAUAAAGAACUAAUAGUAUACUUUGAAACCAUGUCAGUCAGUGCGUACUAUAGCAGUAAGAUCGCCCGCUACAUAUACCGAGAGUGGUUACAUCUACACAAUGGGCGCCCGCCCUUUCAACGAGACGGCUUCUUCGCCAAAGCGGUACAAAUCAGCAAGAACGGUCCUCAAAACCUAAAACAGCUUUCAGCGUGCCAUGGCAGGAUUUGUCAGCAAUUAUCGGAUCGCUUAAACGAUCUUGUCGAUUUUCAUCCAAGGACAAGGCCAAGAACACCACCACCACGCUUCUUCGAGCCGAUACAUGGCAAAAAAAUACAGUCGUGGAGAGACAGCGGCUAUAUUUUGCGCCACCUAUUCCGUGCGCUAUAUAUAGUUGUUGACAGAAAGUCUUUAGAAGAGUCUCCAGAGCCAGACCCUAUCUGGCAAGAUCACAACACACCAACUCUCUACCUCGAAGAUGUUCAUAACCGGGACUUAGCACGGUGUACUGUGCUACUGGUUAAGACAGGCGAUGAGGCGCAUCUUCACUCCCCCAUCAGCUUCUUACCACUGUUCGAUGCUGGACAGGCAUUAAACGUUGAUCGUGUGGAUUAUCAUGAUAAUGUGGAAGAAACGGUGGUGCGCGUCAAGUUAGAUGUUGCUGUGCGUUUUGUAUGGGAACUUUUAUGUAAAGAGGAGGGCGCUCUUGACGAGGUUGGACAAUUAGCCGAGGGGUUAAGACAGGAGCAGGAUGCAUUUUGCGAGGCGUGGGUGGUAAGGGUUAUGGGUCAUUCUCAUCGAGUUGGCAUUGAUAACAACGGAUAUGCAUGGCUGGCUAUUCGUCGGGCUUUGGCCAGGAUGAACAACGAGGCUUUCGAGGAGGAUCAAGUCUACCCGAUAUGGGAGCGAAUACGACACUGGAUAUGCUGA